UUCCAGGUGACGCCGGCGCGGGAGAGCGGGCCCAGCCAGGUGGAGCGGCGGCUGGAGGCCCUCACCCUGGAGCUGGAGAAGGAGCUGGAGAGGCACCGGCAGAAGGAGUACUUCGGUAUUUGUAUCAAGUGUGGCAAGGGGGUGUACGGGGCCAGCCAAGCCUGCCAAGCCAUGGGGAAUCUUUACCACACCAACUGUUUUACAUGCUGCUCUUGUGGGAGAAGAUUGCGGGGAAAGGCGUUCUACAAUGUCAACGGAAAUGUCUACUGCGAGGAAGACUUCCUUUAUUCAGGGUUUCAGCAAACGGCGGACAAGUGCUUCAUCUGUGGGCACCUCAUCAUGGAAAUGAUCCUGCAGGCCCUCGGAAAGUCGUACCACCCGGCCUGCUUCCGCUGCAUCGUGUGCAAUGAGUGCCUGGACGGAGUGCCGUUCACGGUGGACAUGGAGAACAACAUCUACUGUGUCAAAGACUAUCACACGGUUUUCGCACCCAAAUGCGCUUCCUGCAACCAGCCAAUUUUGCCAGCACAGGAUUCCGAGGAGACCAUCCGGGUGGUGUCGAUGGACAGGGAUUACCAUGUGGAAUGCUACCACUGCGAGGACUGCGGGCUCCAGCUGAAUGACGAGGACGGCCGCCGCUGCUACCCUCUGGAGGGACACCUGCUUUGCCACGGCUGUCACAUCAGGCGCCUCGGCGCCAGAGGGUGCCUGCCCCACCCUCCGCCUGGGUAUCCGAUGCACAUUACAGAACUCUGAGGCCUCUCCCUUCCCAUCCCCGUGGAACGAGGGGGUUCUCGCCAGAGAGGAGCUCCGCCGGCAGAACAACCGGCCGUAUUUAUUGUUCAGAGACUGGGGAGAGAAAGAGGAGCACCUUUUCUGACUAGGUUCCAGCGAGCUGAGGAACUCGAGACGCACCGGGUACUUGAAGAGGAUUCAACGCACGGUUUUCGUUGCAAAGCGGAACGCUUUCCAAUGAUGUCGGUUCGAAAGGCCUUCGGUUCGCCUUUUUGGUUCACUUCGGCUCUGUGGAAGUUUCAGUUGCCCACAGCUCUCCGCGGCUGUGCCCUUUGAGGUAGAGAGGAGAAAAACGUGCCUUUUGCACCGGGUCUGAUGCCAACCAUGGCCUUAGGUGUUUGGGGGGGGGGGAAAGAAAGCAAACGCUUCCUGUUUUGAAGGGCCUUUGUCCCUGUAGGAGACGGGAGAGUCCCGGCUGAAAAGUCUGAGUGGGCUGUUCCCCCCCACCCCCAGAUUUUCUUCUUCCCUUGUCCCUCCACUUGUGGUCGUGAGUGAGACAUGGAAAGCCUCCUGCAUGGGAAGACGGUGUGAAAGGAAAGCACUCGAGAGUUUCUGCACGCCAAGGGGGGGGCUGGGCUGGGCCGGAAGAUGCUGGGGAAGGGGGCGCGAUUCAUGGCACUUACCUGCAAGCACAGAUUGGAGAACGGAGCUCAGGGGCGCACAAGCUCUCCCGUUGCAGGGCCAACUCUGAGGAGAGAGACCUUGCACUCAGGCGGUGUCUCAUGAGCUGAACGGGGAGGGGGCUGUCCCUUGGCACUAGUUUUGGGGAAAGGGGCUCCCUCUCUCCCUGCCGUGACCACAGCCCCCCCCCCGGGCUCGUAACCAUCUGCCGCCUGCGUUCUGCCGCAAUGGGUCCAGGGACUUCAAACAACGUUGUCAAGUGGUUGUGGGUUGCAGAAGCAUUGUGUGGGGGGGGUGGCAGCUGGAAGCCUUUGAGGGGGUGGCUGCACAGCUGUUUUCUGGGACCGAAGAAGUGACAGCCAAGCAGUAGCCACUUCUUGCACACACACACCCCAUGGUGCUGUUUUCUUGGCCGUUGUCUGUCUCGUGUCUGUCUGUGGUCACUUUGGCGGUGCAGCCUAAGCAUCACGCACACCUCCGUGUGACAAAGGAGCACAUUCCCCAGCGAUGUUCACGUCCUGGUGCGUUGUGGUACUUCGCUAAGAAACUCAUUUCUGUUGGCGAUUCAAGCCCUCUCGAUGGUGCAAAAUCCUGCUUCCACAGCAGGACGACGCUCAGUCUUGCUGUUGCGUUGUUUCUGAUUGGUUUGCAAAGGCAACGCAUCCGUGAGUUGGCUUCAGGUUGCAGACGUGUUUUCUCACAGCGUUUUCCCCAAACCAGCUCCCUUUACAGCUGGGCCCUUGAGAAUUCCACCAUAACGCUUUCACAAUUCGUUUUGUGUCAGGAAGCAAAUAGCCUUUGAUUACCAGAGGGCAGUUUUUCAAUUAGCCCUAAGCAGCUGCUCCAUGCUUAUUUCAAAAAAGAGAUGGCAAGUUGCCCCUAUCUUCCCCCCAGCUCAGAAAAAGCUGGGAUUAUUCCAUAUUUAUUAAGGGGUGAGGAAGAUGCUCAAACAACCUGUGCCUAGAAGGCUUGCAGCAGAAAAUCAACGAGGAAAUCCAUUUAGACUAUUCUCUGCCCAGGGGGUGACUUUAUAAACCCACGUUGCCUUGAAAACUCAGGUGAAAAAUUCAUAAUGUGGAAGAUGUUCCAGAAGGUCCAUAAAAUCCACCCAUGCUCUUGUUCUGCCUCAGCAGAAUCCGUGUUAGUCAGAUUAUUUCUGUUUUCUUUGUAUGUCACAUUAUCAGCUGCCUUUGGAGACUUACAGUUAUAACAAGCACAUUGCGCUUAUUACCAUUCCUUGC